CUCUCCCUAACUUUGUCGAGUUUCUGUUUGGCUGUGAUUUGAUUGCCUGUCCUCCGCUGUGUGAUUUGGUCCGGACACACCUCGCCUUGCACCACUGCUGCAGGCUCUCGUCUUCAUCUUCCUCACCUCCGAGAGGGGAAGCAGACUCCCGCCGUGUUGCCGUCGCUCCCCGGGGUGGAAGAUGUCCGCUGACUUCUCCGGGCCGGAGCCACUUUAGGGGAAUCUUUUCCCACGGAGCCGUCGGGAAAGCACUAGAGUUUUUUUUUAAGCCGUGCGUAUGCUGUUAUUGUCGCUGAGAGGCAGCUGUCAGAGUCGGGCCCUCUGUGUUGAAUACGGAGCUACAUGGCUGUGGGGCUGAGCUGUGGGGCAUUUAUGUGAAGUGGAGGGUAUGUUUGCUGUGCCAGGCCAAGGUGGGGACGGACAGGAGAUGCCCUCCGGCUAGCAGCGGCGCUAACGGACUACAGCUACGGCGCAAAACACGGAGAACUUUGCGCAUUGGUAGUUAACACAACACCGUGGUAUUGUCAUUCUUCGUCGUUGAGACACUCCUCAGUGUGCAGUCAGUAAAAACUUGGUGCUAACUUAAAGUUUUAGCCAACACAGGAUAAUGAAAUAGCCGCUAUUUUGCUAGAAAAUUCCUCGCGCUUGAAGCACGAUGUUUAGCUAGCUAGCUGUUAGUCAACAUCAACAAUAAAUGGCAACUCCUUCUUCACAAAACACUUGGACUAAAACACUCUUUUAAAUGUUUAUUCAGACGGACAGACAGUGAAUGAAGGUUUUUGAACCGUUUAACAGCCUAGCAAGUUGGUGGACAAGCAUGACAACUUACUAACUAGACGACGAACAAACAGUGAACGUUUGCAUCGAGCAUCUCAACUCAGAUCAGUUUACCACCUGCCUUAUCUAAUAAAUCGCAUCAAGGAAAAGAGAAGACAAUGGAGGGAAAUGUACAGCAGCAGAAAACGACUCCUUUAGCUCGGGAACUUACGAGGAUAUUUAGCAGCUACAACAAACACUCCAUACAGCUGAAGAAGAACCUGAAGGAGACCCAUGUUUUCUUCCGGGAAAUAAGGCAAAACUACAGCAAUGCUUGUGCAUCCACCAUGAGCUUGGACUCUCUGGAGGCAGGCCAGCUUAGCUGCAUCUCUUUCCCUAGUCACGAAGAAGAGUUUCUACGCAACACCGUGGGUGCUUCCCCGUAUAUCCUGGUGCUGGGUCAGGACUGCGCUGCCCGCUACCAGCUGCUCAACUGCCUCCUGGGAGAGAGGCUUUUGCCACUGGGCCCUGAGGCUGGAGAGGCUUGUGAAGGAGUCCAGGGCACCGUCUGCAAGAGGCGGAAGCUUUGUUUUACCCAUGGGAGACAGACGAGGCUCAGCUUGGCACUGCCAGGCCAGUAUGAGCUCGUGCACCAAUUGGUGGCUAACCGUGGCCGCUGGGAUACUGUUCCUAGGGAGGACUUGGAGAUCCAUGAGGAAUGUGAGGACCCAGCACACCGGUUAGCAGAGCUGGAGAUCACCCUGCAUCAUCCGCUGCUUCAGGAAGCAAAGGUCAUGGUGGUGCCUUGCCCAAGUGUCCAGCCAAUUGAAGAGGCCCUGGAAGACUGCACUCGCAAUGUGAUCCCUGUCAUACUCUAUGCCAUCAACCAGGACUCCCUGAGCGCAGAACAGGUGGCUGAGCUGUGGAAGGUUAAAGAGAUGCUCUCGUUCCCCAUCUGUUUUGUUCGCAUCCCUGACACCAUUCCAGCAGCCUCCCCAGAACCUGGACGCCGUGCAGAGAAGGAGAAGGAGAGGGAGAAGAGUGCCCUCCAUAAGCAGCUGCUCUCUCUCGGCUUCCUAAACAGUCCGACAGGAAACUGUUCCUGUGGUGUCCCUACACAGAUGCCCACCCCAGGCGCCAAGCCCCAGAGCAUGCUGGGUGAAGCUUUUGAAAGACUGCAUCGGCUAUUGGUGCCAUUCGCUCGCCAAGUGCUUCAAAACCAGCAGGUGGAAGCUGCCAACCUGCUUAACGGGCUUCACUGUCGAUGUCUAGAUCUUUUCAUUAAUCAGGCCUUUGACAUGCAGAGGGACUUGCAGAUAACACCCCGCAGGCUGGAGUACACCCGUGAGAAAGAGGCUGAGCUCUUCACCUCUCUUAUGGCCAUCGCUAAUCGCAAGCAGGAAGAGAUGAAGGAGAUGAUUGUGGAAACACUCAGCAGCAUGAAAGAGCAGUUGCUAGAGGAUGCUGCCAACCUGGAGUUUACAGACAUCAUUGUAACAACUAAUGGAGAGCCUGUUACGUCAAAGGAGAUAAAAUCCUGCAUCCACCAGAUACAGGAGCUAAUAGUGGUCCGUUUGAAUCAAGCUGUGGCCAAUAAACUCAUCAGCUCUGUGGACUAUCUGAGGGAGAGCUUCGUAGGAACCCUGGAGCGAUGUCUCGACAGUCUGGAGAAGUCUAACUUGGAUUCCUCUGUUCACAACAUUACUUCUAAUCACCUCAAACAGUUAUUAAAUGCUGCCUAUCAUGUGGAAGUCACCUUUCAUUCAGGAUCCUCUGUCACAAGACUUGUAUGGGAGCAAAUCAAACAGAUAAUCCACAGGAUAACAUUUGUGAAUCCUCCUGCCAUCACUCCAGAGUGGAAGCGUAAAGUAGCCCAGGAUGCCAUAGAGAGUCUCAGCGCUGCCAAACUGGCCCGAAGCAUCUGCUCCCAGUUCAGAACCCGACUUAAUAGCUCCCACGAGGCCUUUGCAGCAUCUCUGCGUCAGCUGGAGGAAGGGCAUACAGGCCGUCUGGAGCGCACUGAGGACCUGUGGCUGCGUGUGAGGAAGGAUCACGCCCCUCGGCUGGCCCGCCUGUCUUUGGAGAGCCGCUCCCUUCGGGAUGUGCUGCUGCACGGCAAGCCUAAGCUCGGCAAAGAGUUGGGUCGGGGCCAAUAUGGAGUUGUGUACUUGUGUGACAAUUGGGGCGGACACUACCCGUGUGCUCUGAAGUCUGUGGUACCACCUGAUGAUAAACACUGGAACGACCUGGCUUUAGAGUUUCACUAUACAAGGUCUCUGCCCAAACAUGAGCGGCUUGUCGACCUGCAUGGCUCCGUGAUCGAUCACACGUAUGGCGGCGGCUCCAGCAUCGCUGUGCUGCUUAUCAUGGAGCGGCUACACAGAGACCUCUACACAGGCCUGAAGGCUGGUUUGUCAUUGCGGGAGAGACUUCAGAUUGCUCUGGAUGUGGUGGAGGGGAUCCGUUUCCUCCACGGUCAGGGUCUCUUACACAGAGACAUAAAGCUAAAAAAUGUUCUGUUGGAUAAACAAAACCGUGCAAAGAUCACUGACCUGGGCUUCUGUAAACCAGAGGCCAUGAUGUCUGGCAGCAUUGUUGGAACUCCCAUUCAUAUGGCUCCAGAGCUGUUUACAGGAAAGUAUGAUAACUCUGUUGAUGUCUACGCUUUUGGGAUUCUUUUCUGGUAUCUGUGCACUGGUUCAGUGAAGCUUCCAGAAGCUUUUGAGAAAUGCUCCAGCAAGGACCAGCUCUGGACCAAUGUUAAAAAAGGUGCCAGACCAGAGCGACUGUCCACUUUUGAUGAGGAAUGCUGGCAGCUGAUGGAGAUCUGCUGGAACGGGGACCCUUCCAAGAGACCCCUGCUCGGUAUUGUGGAGCCCAGCCUGCAAAGUAUUAUGGACCGGCUCUGCAACUGCGGCUCCGAGCAGAAAAGCAGCAGCCUCGAGGAUUCAAACUGAAAACACUCCCAACAAACUAACACAUGCACGAUAGGUAUUCUGAUCCGAAAAGUAUUUUUGUUGUAUUUAUGAAGAACGGAGCUGAACGGGGUAUUUCUGAAGAACAGGUGACCAAUGAAAAUGUCUGAGUUGUCCUGCUUGUUCACAGUUGUUAGAUUCCCGCUAUUUAUGAGGAGCUGAUACAGACCAGAAGUUUGCAAAUAUGUGUUUUAUUGUUUGUGCUUUGUGUAUUUGUAUACAAACUCUACAACAUGCUUUUGUCAUAGCUGCAGUGCUAAUUGCUCCUUUGUCAUAGAAAUUAUACUAGAUGCAAAUUGUUUUAAAACAUAGUCCAUUCCCAGUAUUAUGAAAAAAUAUAAAUAUAUAAAAGAUUAAUUUUAGAUUGUAUUUAAACUGAACAUGUCUGUAUCUAUACAAAUGCGUCUUUUUUAAUAAAAUGAUCUGUUACAACAAAUUUAUUAUAUACUGAGGAUUUUGUCUGAGAUAAAGAGUUCAGAAAGCUAUAAUUUAGGAGCCUGAAGGAAUUAAUUUUUUUGCCGUUUGCUCUUCCAAAUUCAUGGAAAAAAUUGUGUUGUCUGGAAAAAAAAAGAGUAAUCUUGUGACCAACCAGUGCAAUUGCUGUUCAAAAGUACAAAAUUCUGAUAAUGACAUCAUAUUUCAACAAGUUUCCAAUGGUAACAUGAGUUUAGGGAACACUUCAUUGUUGAAAGGAAUCUUGUUUUAACAUUUGAACAAAACAGGAGGAUUGUGUGUUUCAUGUUGGUGUCUCUGUACGGUGCCACGGCAAAGCUGGAGAAUUUGAAACCUCUUGGUUCUCCUAAAUCAUCCAAAACUGAAUGGUAAUUCUGCUAAAUAACGUGCUAAUUGUGUAUGUUGUUUUUAUUUAUUAACAUAUAUAAAUAAAUAGCAUAUUUUUUCUUAUAUCAAUUAAAUUUUAACAUUGUGUUUCCCAUUCAGAAGCAGCAGGAGCUCAGCAGAAAAGAUGAAGUUCUGGACUGGCAGGAAGCAGCAAUAGCACCACCUAGUGGAAGCUGAAUUAGUGAGGAUGACUCCUGCUCCUGUCAUCUCUAAGCUCCUCACACAUCUUUACCUGCACAUGAGGAAAAUCACUCCUGUAGAAUGCAGAUGCACAAUGAGGGACGUCUGCAGAGACUGAGAAAGAGUCUCACCACAUCCUGACAUGAGGAAAAAGACUUUAUUGAAGACUACAAUGAGAAAAACUAUCAGACAGCAGACGGCUGCAUUCAAGGUGAGCUCUGAACAUUUGAUCUGGAACAGGAAUUCAAUAACGGCAGCAUGAGCUUCAUUUCAGUCUGUAGCUGCUGAAUUCAUGGAUGAAUCAUCUGGCACUAGAGAGGAAGACCAUCAAACAUCCACAUCAGCUGAUGGAGGUCCAAGAGUCUCACCAAACAACCAACCUACAGAGUGAAGACCUCAAAUCUGAUUGGACGGCCUCCUAUUCAGCCACAUGUGAACAAAUGCCUCUAAGCUGAUUUGUUUUCUAAAAUAAAUCUAGUUUGAGUCCUAA